GAAUCUAGCAACAACAACAACAACCAACAACAAGACCAAACCAAGAGCAACAACAACAAGAAGAGAACCAACUGCGAUUACAGUAACGGUACCAGCACGAGCAACAACCACACCGAGUGCCGAAAAUCUCAGAGAUAUAAUAUUGAUGAUCCAGGAGCCAGCACGGGUUCAGGCAACAACAUACGCGGAUCAGGAGAAAGACGUAACAACCUCUGGCGAGAGAAUCUACUCGUCCAAUUGCAACUGCUCGCGGAUGAGAACAGAGCAAACAGCGCCUACGAAGGAUUUGCCACAGUCGACACCGACUACAACGUCAACAACAAUACCAAUCGUUAUAAAUACGCAUCCGAAUCCAAGAAUAAUAUUGAUCAAGGUGCCCACGCACAGCAACAGCAGCAACAACAGCAACAACAACAACAAGAGCAACAGGCCAGAGCCAACGGCGCCUCGUACUCGUCUGAUAAGAAUACCCUUUUUACCAGGGUCGGUACCAACACCGUCUUCAGUGAAACGUGCUUUGCCUACAGCGAGCUCUUUAGUAAGCUUUACAACUUCGGGGACAGCAUCCCGUAUCGCGACGCAAACCUUGUCAGCGACUGGGAUAAUAUACCCACCAGAGAAGUGCUCGAGCAGCUCAUACUCUUUGUUAAAUCAAGUCACAAGCGGACAGGCUAUAGGUCCACCGACUUUGUCAAAGACAGCGGAGACAACGGUGACGCAAACGGUACAGGUUUCGAGCAUGCCCAAGACAUUGGCGUCAAUGGCUGGUAUACAGCUGACAGGUGUAGAUAUGGAGUCCCACCAGGAUAUGAGUGGAGCAAUGCCUACUGCUACAGUUGAAGAGAUAGAUGUUCCGGUGUUCAUUGAUGAAUACCUGCAAAACAUAGAAGCAUCGUCAUCAACGAGCAGCAGCAACAAAAGUGAGGAGAACGGAAAAGAGAUUUGUAGUGAGACGGAUAUAUUUGACUUUGACUUUGAUAUAAACUUGAUUGCCGAGGAUCUCAUUGAGCGGAAGGAAAUGGAUCAGUGCAGUCAGAACAUGGAUAUCAUUUACAGCGACAACAUCAACAACGACUUAGACAUGGAUGAACUACAGUUUUCACAACUACUGGAUGAGGGAGGAGAGGAGGCAAUUGACGUUGGCACAAUGGGCAACGGCAUCGAUAUUAAUCCUCAAAUGGAUUCCGAUUUGAGCAAUCUUUUGAUCGGCGAGCAGAAUCCUAUGCUUAGUAACUAUUCGCAGGGCUCCUUGCUAUCAUCAAGCCAAACCAAAUUCAUUAACGAGCUGCCAAUGCUGGCCGACGAGAAUAGCAUGGAAACCAACUACUACGGCUCCAGUCAGGCUUCCCUUGGCUUCGGCAUCAGUCUGUUGGAUCUGCCUAGCGAAGGUGUUGGUCUCGUCUGCCAGGACGUCUCAUCCACUUCCUGUGUGGGCGUCAAGCGCACAGCUUCCAUGGCUGGUCUCGUUCCCAUUGCCGAAUCGAUGCCACAGAAACGUAACAACCUCAUGCUCAACAUCAACAAAUCGCUGAUUUACCAACCAGAUAACAUCAACACUCCUGAGAUAAUCGAACAGGUUCUCAAUCUGGAUGAGCAAAACUCAGCGACCAACAUCGCCACUCAAGACAGCAUCUAUGAGGAUCUUCGUAGCACAGAAGAGAACACCGCCUUCACCGUAUUCCAAGAUUUCUCAGCGCCAAAUACACCCUAUAGCGCCUAUUCAGUCAGUACCAGCACAUCAACCUCCAACGCACCCACCUGCCACACCGGCUUUGGUGGCCUCAUCACCGCACCAGGUUCACCCGCAUUGUCGACAGCCAGCACAUCUCAGUUCAGUGCCUCAGCAACUAGCAGCAGCGGAACCAAGCGCAAGCGCGGUCGUCCAGCCAAGGAGCACGCUGACGGACCCGAUCCGGAGCUGAUGUCGCAGAUGACAGGGGAGGAGCUUAAGCAGUAUCAGGAUCGUAUUAAGAACAACGAAGCGAGUCGCGUUUCGCGCCGGAAGACCAAGAACCGUGAGGAUGCUGAAAAACUAGAGGAGGACGAACUGUUGGCCAAAUUUAAAGAGCUUAGUGCCAUUCUACAGAGGAUAUCGGGUGACAGGAAGCUACUUGAAGAUCAUCUCAUGCAAAAACACCACCGAAAUAGCACUUAUGUCAAGCCCGAGCCGGAGCACUAAGAUUCUCAAUAGCCAUGCCAUAGUCAAACUGUCGUACCUCUUUUAUGUCGCAUAUUGCGACACAUUACUGUAGUUGUUAAUUAAGGUUUAAUCCAUUGUUAAGUUAAGGUUGUCGUUAAAGUCGCUGUAGUUUGUGGUUCCCACUCAAGGAGCCACAAAAAAAAAACACACAAAACAACAUCAAAUCAAUUUUGAGAAAAUUGAUUUAAAACUCUAUUUGUAGUAUCAACUUAGUGAUUAUGCAUACUUACAAAGCGCCUCAUUUUAAUCAAUGCGCGAGAUUUUUAUAUUUUUUUUUAUUCCUUAUUAGUACUUGAUUUAUUAUGUUUGCAAAUGUCAAAUUUUAACCACAUGUUUUUAUACUUAUGUUAUAUGUAUUAAUUGUAAUCAAAAAUUCGUUAAAUACGUACUCGUAUACAUCUGCUAAUCGCGGACUAGGAAUUAAUUACAAUUAUUAUUACAAGUGAAAUGUUUAUCCUUUUAUCAUCAACACAAAAUUGUUACAAAAAAA